AUGCCGACUCCUGGACUACUCUACGUGACGAUGCAGCCGCAGGGCGCACUGCCCGAGGCGCAAUUCCACGAUUGGUACAACAUCGAACAUGGUCCCUUGCGGUUACGUCUACCCUUCAUCACCAAUGGCUUCCGCUUCCGCGCGACCGACGGCGAGAAACCCGAGUAUGUUGCGCUCUACGAUAUCACCGAUAUGGCCGAGUUGACCCGCAAGACCUACUUGGACCUGCGCACCGAUCUGAUCAAAACGGAGCGGGAAAAAGCCACCAUGGCCCAGAUCGACGUGGGUCGGUUGCUCUACGAUCUGGUCUAUGAGCAGAGCUCGUCAAACUUCCGCCCGCUCGAGACCCAGGCCGACACCGACCCCGAGACCCGCGGAAGUGUUCUUGUCGCCGUGACCACCUCCACCCACCCAGAUCCUGAGUCGCAGGCAGAGUAUGAUCGCUGGUGUCGCGAGGAACAUUUUGACAUGCUCUCGCGCGUGCCGGGCUGGCGCCGCAGCCGACUGUUUGUGACUUCAUCGAUCGAUCCCCAGACGCCUCGUCACUCACUCGCUCUCCAUGAAUACUCUCCUCAAAAUGGACUAGGGGGAGACGUCCACAAGGCCGCCAUGAGCACCGCUUGGCGUGAUAAGCUCCAGGAGACCGUGGUGGCCUCCAAAAAGCGCCGCGUCUAUCAAUGGUACUACACCUUCGGUCCUGCCCCGCGGGAAUUAUCGUCCCUGGCAUCGCCAGAUUGCAAGGGCCCGUGGUCGUCCAACGACGGCAAGACUCGCACAUUCCCGUCCGCGACCCGGCCAGCCGUGGAAUCCUUCAUCACCACCAAGGACGGUGUGGAGAUUCCUUAUCGGUUAGAAGGAAGCACCGACCCGAAUGCUCCUCUGGUUGUGCUCAGCAAUUCCAUCCUGGUGGAUUGGAGCAUUUGGGAUCGAUUCGUGGACGCGUUCCUCGCGCGAGAGCAGAAUCAGCGCUAUCGCGUGGUGCGCUAUCUGACUCGCGGUCGCCGUUCUGCUAGCGGCGAGCAACCCGUCACCGUGGACCUCCUUGCCUCAGACAUCGCCGAUCUGCUCGAGGCAUUGCGUGUGCCACCCAAGGCUGCUCGGUUGAUAGGCGUCAGUCUAGGUGGUGUUACCGUGCUCAACACCUCCCUCCUCUACCCCGAGCGUGUGGCCGCGUUCAUCGCUUGUGAUACCAACUCCUCUGCUCCCGAGUCGAAUCGGAAAGCCUGGGCCGACCGCGUUGCCAUGUCGGAGCAAGAAGGGUCAACGAACCCAGAGACAAACGAGCCCAUCGUUGGAGAGCAGCUAGCAGAAGUCACGACUCGACGCUGGUUCGUACCCGAGUCUUAUGAGACCCAGCCAGAGGUCCUCGCUCCAGUCAAGGAGGCAGUCCGCACCAACAGUCUGAAGGGAUUUGCGCACAGUGUCAAUGCUUUGUGCGCAUAUGAUAUUCGCGACCGCAUGGCCUCGGCCACUGUGCCUGGGUUGUUCGUCGCCGGGGCCAAUGAUGGAGUGCUUCCCCAGACCAUGCAAAAGAUGGCAGCCGACCUGAAGGGAGGCGCUGAGCUGAAAAUCAUUGACAAGGCAGGUCACCUGCCAAUGGUAGAACAGCCCGAAGCAUUUGCAGAUGUGGUGACCGACUUUUUGGGCAAGAUUGAUGGAUAA